AGGCAGCUGAAAUGACGGAAAUGGGAACGGAUACCCUUGAUAAGAUAAUCAGAUAACCAAUUCCGUAAGAACUACAGAGGCUGGGCUGAGGAGUGAGAAGAGAGAGAGUGAGAGAGAGAGAGAGAGAGAGAGAGUGAGAGAGAGAGAGAGAGUCGGAGAGAAAUGGAGAAGUACUUUGGCAACGCAUAUCGGGGAGACCCGGGUGUUCCUCACGCGGACCCGGAACGCUUCAUGAACAUAUGGAUCGGGUCGGCUACCUUCUCCGCCCUCACCUGGUUCAACCCUUACAUGUGGCAACUCUCCAACCAAUUCAAUUGGCAUGACAAAGCAAUGCUAUUUGAACAAUAUCACUGGAAGAAAGCCCAUGAAAAGAAUCAACCAUACAAAUUUAAGUGGAACCAAAUGCCCAAAGAAGUACGAGAGUCGUACUACUUCAACUGGCCUGUCUACUUCCCUUAGUGUCCUUCCUGCAGCAACAAGGGCUCUUAUGUUCUGGUUUUCUCAAAAUAGACAUUUUAAAAUUCACAUCUUCCACCCUGCCCGCUCAAAAUGAUAUUUUAGGUUGAAGCAUUUUUCUUUUUCAAGUUUUUGAAACAAUUCUUAGUGCUUCUUCAUCCUGUGUAUUAAGAUUACACAAGUUGUGUGUACAAUCAAUUGAGCCCUAAAGUUAAGUUGCAUUUGGUAUUC